CACAGUGUGAUACUAUGCUGGUACUUUGGUGGUGCAGCCUGAUCCUGACCAAACAGAUCCUGCAGACGUUUAGGGUCAAGAGAUGGAAGGCCCUUCCUGAUCCUUACCAUUGACAUUAACCACAACUAAUGUCUCACAUUAACCAUCCACAAACUAAUGCAAACAUAACCAUAACCUAAUCUCUUGGGAAACCUGAAAUCAUGUGUUUCCAGCCUAAACCUAACUUUAUCAUUUGUAACCUUAUUCUAAACUUGAAAAACAUUUGAUAAGCUUCAUUCAGUGGUGGAAGAAUUAUGCAGAUCAUUUACUUGAGUUAAAGUAGCAGUACCUCACUGCAAAAAUACUGCAAUAAAAGUAACAGUCUGCAGAGAAAUUGGUAACCAUUGUUGUGGUCAACUAUAUUAAAUGUGUAAGUUAUGAAAGCUUUUUGUUGGUGUUUUAAACUAUUUAUGAAAUGUGUGACAUAGGAAAACAGUUCAAACGUUGCUCAAAAUUUUGGUGGAGUACAGAAUCUGGUCAAAAUGAAAACUAAAUCAGUCACAAACGGAAAGCAAACAUUCCUGAAAUGAAACCAAAACCAAGACAUAAGGCGAUGUGAGACUUUCCAGCCUCCUGAUUGGCGGAGGCGACCCAAUCACAGGGGCGUGUGCUUUAUAUAUUACCUGUACGUACAGGUAUCAUCCUGUAAAAAAAAAAAUUUGUUAAGGUAUGGACAUCAUUCGGGAAUUGAAUGGAAAGUCUGAAACCAUGAAUUGUUUGAAAUGCGUUAUUAUCUUAGGAUGUCUUCGCGAAUAUCUGGAGCCGUUCAUCGAAGAGGAAAUAACAGUUUUCCACCAACUAAUGACCGAACAAUGCGGCUCUGUUCCGUGUGCCAACAACUGCGAUUUUUCAAACUGGAACCCAACGCAUAACCAACCGAUUCCUCUGUUUGAUUGCGAGGUGUGCACUACUUGGAGAGAUGAGAUACGGACUCACCACUCCAAUCAGAACGGAAAAGUGAUGUGGACGAACAGUAAACCUCACCUGUGGUCCCAAGAUAAAUGGGAAGUGGCUAAGGUGUACAUGUCAAAUGGCCAUAAGAACCAUAACUCACUUGGUGAUUUUGACAUUGCUGCACUUCUGUGUCUCAUGAAUCAAUGCAAGCACUUCGAGAAGUUUAAGCUCAGAGGGCUGUGUGAAGAGGUUUCCUUUGUCCGGAACAGUAUCAUGCAUUCUCCAUAUUACCAGCUGAAGAAAAAGGAUUUGGACAAUUACAUGAAACGGAUCAGAAAACUGUGUAAGGUGCUGGUGAAACAUCAUCCCAACUUUGGAAGUCUGUCUCAAAAAAUUGAUGAGAUUCAGCACCUUGACUUGAUCCUGUUUGCACGAGACAAUCAGGCUCAGAAUAAAGAGGAACUGGAGGAUAAACUUGUUGCUGCUCUGGAGGACAACAGAAAAGCAAAGAAAACUGAGGACUUACUCAGGAGGAAGGUGGAGGAGCUGGAGAAAACCCUCUCUGAGCGUGACGAGGAGAUAAAGACCCUACAUCUCUUCUACAAAGAAAAGCUGAAGGCUGUCAAGCAGAAGGUCAUUGAUGAUAUUGGGACGAUGGUGGUGAAGAUUGGAGAGAUGGUUCAGCAAGAAUUCUUGGCUGUUGAGCAGGAGGCCAGUGAAUCUUUCUGGAUGAAGAUGGGGAAGUUUCUGGUGGGGAAGGCUCAGCCAAAAUUAGGUAUGAACAGCCCAGUUGUGGUUAGAGUCUCCAGACUCAAGAUCUGGGACUCCUUCAUCUCUGAAUUACUCCCUCACCACACCAACUCCUUCGACGACCAGGAAACCCACCCUCACCUUUCCGAGAUGGAUUAAUGCUGACCUGGUUGUUUUACUUUUAUGAUGUUUUACAGGCAGGGCGAUGUCAGUUGCACAAAUCCAGCUGUGGGCACAAAUUGGAUAAUUGAUCAUGUAACUCUUGGUAGUAUGGAUGGAGUCUCAGUCUGUAAGGUGAUUACAAAUACCUGAUCCCUGACCACAGUCACACCAGUGGUAGCUGUUAAGGGGCUACUAGUAAAAAUGGCCAGGCAGUAGACAGGAUGAGGUUUAUCCCUGCGUGGUUUCAAAGACCUUUGUUACAGAUGUGUGUAGUCUUUUACCCUGACCAGCACCAUCAAUGACCACAAACAUCCUCCUGCAGGGCUCAGAGUGUACCUCAGCCAAGAGAGGAUGUUAAAGGUGUUCACCUGUUAUGCCGAGAUACACCCCACCCAAACCUACCUCUCAAAUAAUUUUCUGUAAUGAUUCAAUUAAAAAUUGUUAACUAACUAAUACAUGGAUGGAAAAAUUGUCAAUUUGACCUGAACUGCAGCUGAACUCUAAUGCAAACUUAACACCCCUGCUACAGGUAUGAACAGCAGGAAGCAUGUGGCCUGCGAAGCGAGCUGUGAUUUCUGCAUCUGACUGACACCUCUGCAUCUUUUACCUUUUAACAAUGAUGUAAUGAAUGAUAUAAAAGUAGGGGCCAAAGAGGUCUCGGGGCUUUUUGCCUUUUGGGUUUUUUUUGGCUUUUUUGGACAAAUCCCUCUUUGACUCCUUUUAGCUCUAAAAUUAUAUUUUUCCUUUUUAUAACUUUUACAUUUAAUCUUUGUAUUUUACUUUUUAUAACCUGUAAAACCUAAAUAAAACUGGAUUGUAUUUUAUACAUUCCAACCAAAGUUCCUCGUUUUUGCUCAUCUGAGAUCUUCCUGAUGUGAUAAGCCUGAAAUAAGUGGUACUACAUAGAGAGCUGAAAGCCACUCUUCCUCCUGCUGAUUUUGAAUGAUUUUUGGGAUUGCUCUGAUUAAGAAAUGUGUUCUUUGAUUUUUAAACAGUAGCCUUAUGUUGUUAUUUAGCCCUCCUGAGGCUAUUGCAUGGUUAAAUCAAUUCAUGUUAUCUCAUGAAAAAAAUUGCCACCUUGCAAUUUUUAACAGCUCCCUCAGUCACUUCAUCCUGGCACCGGGCCUGAGAGAGACAAAGGUUAUUUUUAUAUCUAUUGACAAGAAUAAUAAAUAUUCUGGGUGGCCAGUUUUAUAUUUCCAGUUGUUAUCGUUGUGUGGUGUUCAUUU